GCUGCUGGCCGCGGUGUGUCAGUCUCAGAAGGCCCGACACCUCUGGCGGGGAGUCGCCCCAGUGUCAGUGCUGACACCACGGUUGUAUAUCGUGUGCGGUAGAGGUGGCAGUCCUAGCUGCUGGCCGCGGUGUGUCAGUCUCAGAAGGCCCGACACCUCUGGCGGGGAGACGCCCCAGUGUCAGUGUGUGACUGUGCGUGUGUGCGUCCAUGUCGCGCAGUCCGGAUAUCGAGAUCCUAGGAGAGGAUAACAAAAGGUUCGUCUUCUCCUUCCGUCUCCAGGAUCCUGAUCAAGUGGCCAGUCCUCCAGAACGACCCCCUACCAAGGAGGACGCCCCUUCCCCGACUGGCGAGAUGCCGUCCAUCAAUAGAAACGGACAACUCUCCAAACAAGGCUCCCUCACAAUCGUUAGACGAAGUAGUGCCAAAAAACAGCAACGAACAACCAGUGAAGAAGAAAGUGUUGAUAGUGAUGAUUUGACCACAGACAACCUUCCGGCGAUAGACACACCCGACGCUUGUGACAAAGCCGCGGCUAGGUUGCGUUGUUUACUAAAACAGUUAGAACGGGGAGAGAUCUCGGCUGACGUAUUGCAAAAGAAUUUGCAGUACGCAGCCAGAGUCCUGGAGGCGGUCUUCAUCGAUGAAACUAAGCGAACUGACUCGAAAGCUGCCACCGACCGUUCUGAAGGAGAGACGACAAUCAACAUCACCCAGCGAAAACUCAAGACCCCCGUCUGGGCCGUCAGAUCCUCAGUGAGGAAAAAGGAGCAGGGCGAGGAGUCCUCGAGGAGGUUGGCGGACGAGGAUGACGAGCUGUCCGAGGUGCAGCCGGACGCGGUUCCCGCCGAAGUACGAGAAUGGCUCACCUCCACCUUUACGAGACAGCUGGCACCUACGAGGUGUCGGAAGGAGGAGAAGCCCAAGUUUCGGUCAGUCGCCCAGGCCAUCCGAGCAGGGAUAUUCGUUGAUAGAAUCUAUCGGAGAAUGGCCGCAAGUGGGUUUAUGCAGUUUUCACCGGAAAUCGUCGAGGUCUUAAAGUCCCUGGACGACUGGUCAUUCGACGUAUUCUCCCUAGGCAAGGCGGCGCAGAACCAGCCUGUCAGAUAUCUCGGAUACGACCUUCUUAACAGAUACGGCUGCCUGUCUAAGUUUAAGAUAAGUCUUCAGACAAUAGAAAACUUCCUCAACAGGGUCGAACAAGGGUAUUUGAGGUAUGGGAACCCUUACCACAACAAUCUGCAUGCCGCCGACGUGGCCCAGUCCGUCCACUAUAUGCUCUGUCAAACAGGCCUCAUGAACUGGAUGACGGACCUAGAAAUCUUUGCCACACUGAUCGCUGCACUAAUACACGACUACGAACACACGGGGACGACUAACAAUUUCCACGUCAUGAGUGGAACGGACACGGCGCUCUUGUACAACGACAAGGCAGUUCUAGAGAACCACCACCUCAGUGCCUCAUUCAGGGUUCUUAAAGAAGAAGAUUGCAAUAUUUUGAGUAAUAUGUCGAGAGAAGAAUACAGGGAAUUCCGAUCUUUAGUGAUAGAAACAGUACUGGCAACGGAUAUGAGCUGUCAUUUUCACCAACUCAAGAACAUGAAGAAUUUACUUUCUCUUCAAGAACCAAGCAUUGACAAGGCAAAGGCGUUAUCUCUAGUUCUCCAUUGUUGUGAUAUCUCACAUCCUGCCAAGAAGUGGGAUCUGCACUUCCAGUGGACGUCGCUCCUACUGGAGGAGUUCUUCCUGCAAGGAGACCGGGAGAAGGAGUUAGGACUUCCAUUCAGCCCUCUCUGUGACAGGAAAAACACCUUGGUCGCGGAGUCUCAAAUAGGUUUCAUAGAGUUCAUCGUGGACCCUAGCAUGUCAGUCUGUAGUGACAUGUUAGAAGCCAUCCUCGCCCCCGUGGUCGCCCCUGCGGCCGCCAAGGAAGUCAAGAGAUCAGUGUCAGUCUCGGAAGACACGAGAAAACAUCAUGAACAAAUCAAUUGUGAUGAUGCGCCGCCUCCAUUCACAAUAAAAAAGCCUUGGUUAACCUGUCUCGCGGAAAACAAGAAGAUUUGGAAAGAAAGAGCAGUUAUAGAUGCGGCAGCAAGAGCAGCUGCAGAAGCGGCGGCGGCGGCAGAAGCAGAGGAAGAAGAAAGGAGAAAACAAGAAGAAGAGGGUCAGAAAAGCGAGGGGAAGGUUGAAGAAUAGCAUCAAAACAGCCUUCGUCCAUUGGCUGCGUACCAUGGUGUAGCUUUAUCCUUAAGCCGCUUGACGCUUAUGUAUAAUGUGUAUAUUCUACCAUGCUAGACUGAUAUCAAGUAGGCUGAUAUAUUCAUGCACUUCUUCUUCUCACAGCCUGAACAAUGUAAGAUAGUGAAUUUUCUAUGUUCUCAAUCGCAUUGUACAAAGUUUUAUUGUAAAAAGUCUUCAUUGUUUCUCUCUCUGUAGUUUUCAGAUUUGUUAUUUAAUACGCUAUAAAAGACAAAUUUCAAGAUUUAAGUAGUUUAGUAAAACUAUUAAACGUUGUUUUUUUUUAGUUAAGUUUGUUUUGUUGUGUACCACUGCAAAAUGGUAUGAAAAAGGUACUGUAAUUAAAUAAAAUAGCUCGUCACUAAUACGAUACACUUGAUUAGUACACUUAGAUUAUCCGAAAGUCCAGAAAUGCAGUGUGGUUCUCGUUUCUUCAACAUUUUGAUAAUUCAUCCAACAUUGUUUAUAACUAUGUGUAUAAUUUCUCCUACUUUAAUUAAGUAGCCCUGCUGUAUACGUUUAAAAAUGUGACGAGGGCCAAUAGACCAAACUUUAAGAUCGUCGUAUUGAUAUUUCAUAAAAUAGAGUUCACAUAAAGACUUACUUCAGCAGGUGGCAUGCAAAAAUUGUAUUUGCUAGUAAAAAUUGGGUUUACGAAUCAAACUUUCUUUCAAGCUUAGUUUAGUCAUUUUAAUACCUUGUCCUCAUCGAUAUAAAUAAUAAACUGUCUUUUAAAUUUAAUCGUUUACUAGUUAACUUUGAAAACAACUUUCUAAUCACUCUUUUAUUCCUAAAAAACCUUUUCUACAUAAUCGUGAGUAAUACUGUACAGCUUCCUUUGUACAUAAACUAGAGAUUCUCGUUGUAAUUUUCCUACCUGCAAUAUUAUACCGUUAUCGUUUGCGUAAGGCCAGUUUUCACUUGUGCAUUUAGAGUGGUAAUAAGAACACCAGCUUUUCAUAGUAUAUACAGAGCUAUUUUGUAGAAAAUAUAUCUCUUACGAAAUGUACUUAGGGUCGUUCUAAAUAAUGUAAUUUUAAGACUUAACAAGUUUAGGGGUUAUUUUCAAUGCUGAAAGCUCUGGUUUCUUGGUUAGUUCCGUUUAAGAGAAUUGAUUCUAUCCGCUAUAAGCAACAGGAAGUAUUCGUGUUCUUUGUAUAUGAAACAAUCAGUUUUGUAUUAUGAACUUUCGAAAAAAAUACUAAAGAUAACGAUUAAGAACGAGUGAUUGGUUUUUUUAAAUUUGUAUUUUUAUAUUUUGGUCGAAACCGUACGCUUAUAAUCUUUAUGUAUCCGUGUGUAAAUAAUACCAAGAACAAAACUGAAAUGUCACAACACAAUAUUUUUUUUGUUUAAUUGUAAUUUUUGCAAGAGUUUAACUUACCAUUUCUGAGGAUAAUGUGUGCUAGAUAAUGUGAAAAAAAACUUUGUCCAACACUAUCAAAUUAUUCAUGUUAUAGUUCUUCCUUAUAUUUCAUAUUUAAUAUUUUACCCAAUUCCUUGCCAAUAUGAUAAACUGCUAAGAUAAACUUUUAUUCUUUGCUUUUUAGCUUGAGAAUUUAAAAGAAAUGCAUCCUGCAAUCCCUACCUUAAAGCGGACAAUUUACAUGUUGGUCGCAUUUCACUGGUUCAUUUACAGUGUGACUAAAGUAUACAAAUUGUGAUUGUAUCACAGUUGUUAUUCUGAACUAACAGUGAUACAUGAACAUGUAUACUGAUAACUACCACAUAACUACUGUACUGGCAACCACGUACUUCAUGCAAUACAUUAAGGGUGUUGAUCAAGAAUGUAUUUCCCCAGAAAUCAGUCAAUAACCAAAAUCCGAUUUGAUAAUUUUUAACGAAAUAAUCAUGUGUUGAAUUUGUUCUAUUCAUAAUUCAUAGACUACUAUGUUAUGUCUAUAGAUCCAAAUGUUGUAUACGGAUUAAAAUAAUUUGGACUUUUUCAAUCCAUAAUGCUUUCCAGUUUAAGUGAACCUGAAUAGCUUAAAAUGAAUAAAAUAAUUUUUUGAGAAUUAAUUUAAAUAAAACAUUAUAUAUGGAAUUAUAUGUGGAAUAAAAUCCACAAAUUCCAUUGAAAUUUAAAAUAGAACCGCCAUCAUACUUUUACGACAUACAUUUCAGUUUUGCAUCAUCAUGGAUGUUUGAAAAUAGAUGUUUUAAUGUUCUGUGUUCGUGCAGUUUAUUUUUUAUCGGUGUAGCAGUCACAUUGAUUUUGUUCAUUGUUAUGCAUGAGAUUUACACGCUCAUGGUUUGGAAAGAGCGGGUUCCACUGAUAAAUUACUAUCGUUGUUACAAUAAAACUAUAUAUAAAUAAAAUCUUUCGUGUGAUCCAGGAUUGUGUAAUAUAUAGGGCCUAUUAAUAUGUACAGCUUACCAUCUGUGCGUAAAACGCUUGAUCGUAUAGGUUAAUACCUUGUUGAAAUUUAUAAAGUGAUAUGUUAUCUACUGUGCAUAUUUUAAUAAUUAAUUCUAAGCGUACAUGUUCGUUAACUGUGAAAAGUUUAAUAAUUUUAUGGGUUUGUAGAUAAUGUUAUAAAGUUUAAUAUUGUUAACUUCUUAAAUUAAUUUAGUGUUAAUGAUGUUCCUAUAAUUUUGUUGAGGUUUUAGGUAUGUGUCGAAUAACCAAGCUUUGGAACUUUGCGUUUAAUUUACGCUUUUCAGAUUUAUAUAUUAUAGUUAUCUCUUAAGGUAUACAAGCUUACGGUCCAAAUUGAAAACAAGUAAAAAUUAUUAAGAAGAAGGAAAAAAUAUAAAAAUAAUAACAUUCUUCAUUUGUAUGUUUGACGACACUGAGACUCUUUUACAUUCUUAACUAUAUCCAUAAAACUAAAUAGCUUUAUUAAACCUGUUAUGUUAAGUUAUAUCAGCUCACUCUUAGUAGUGAAAAACAAACGUUUGAAUAAGAAUAUUGUAAUAUCCACAGCUUUGAAAGAGUUUUCUCUAGGACUCUUGUCUUCAAAAAAAAGUAUUAAAAGUAUUUCAAAUUAAUCAUAACAUAAGGUAAAUCCCUGUGUUUCAGUAAUUGUUCUCUACAUUAUGACUCUAUGAGCUUUGAUAAAAUUCUCAGUUUCGACAAACUUAACUAUAGAGUCAAACCUCAUUCUUCAAUACUGGAAGGUGGAACGCCUGAAGUGAAAAUCCUAGUUUCGUAUUCAUUUGUAAAUAGAUUUUCAACCACAGUUUUUGGACACAGGGUGAACACAUUAAAGUGAAUAUAAGAGGAGUGACCGUCAAUAUUUCAUUUUCUAAUAGAAUAGAUAUUGAAUCUUGUUAGGAUCUGAUUGGUCUACGAUGUAAAGGUGAUUGUUUUAUAGUUGAAAGCUACUACAAUUUCUGAUAAGUUUACCGAAUUUUCAAAACCCACCCGAGAAUAGUUUUACCACUCCGGGGUAAUUUGCCAAGUUCAUUCCCACCAAUUAAAUUUAAGAGUUUGUCUACCACAUUUUGACUUCGAGAUUAUUAAUUUCUUUUGCAAUUCAUACCAAGGGCUACAAAAUUGAAUACAUCCUAGAAAACAGAACUUAAAUAAAGAUAAUAAGAUAAUAAGAGCAAAAAUAUUAGUUUAAAAGUGUUAUAACCGUUUUAACUAAACACCAUCGAGAUUUAGGAAUCCCCUUUGUACAGUUAGUCUCAGUUUUUAGUCAGAAGAUAUGGUUUUCUUGACUCAAUAUCAAUUAUCGUACUUAAACUUAACCGGACUUAAGAUAUAGAUCAAAAUCUACAUCAAAUCACACAAUACAGGGUGAAAACUCUCAACGUGUCCGAAUAAACGCAUUUCUUACCAAAAAGCUGUACAAAACCGGUCCAUACAAACUGGUUUUCUACUCUACCAUCAGAAUUUAAUAGUAACAAUUACUGAUAACCUAAUAAGAAAGUAACCUACAGUACGGUUCACGAUAGUCGCAUUUGAGGAGCCUAUUUACCACGUGACUUUGAAGGAGCCAAUGAGGACCGUGCGCUGUUGCCAAAUCUAAUAAUACCAGCUUAUUUGAAAAUAUUGUUUAGUAUAUUUUUAUUAGAUUCGAAAAUUAUUGAACGGGCGAUGAUGCAACGACGCGCUAGUCCAGUCUGCUAUUGGAGGUUGCCUCCAACUACAGACUCUUGUGGUCCCUAGUGUAAAUAUCAUAUUACAAAGUACUACAAGUGGAUUACCUACAAUAAAGGUAUUUAUACCGCUUAUAUUGUAUCUUGGCAAUCCGAAGGCUAAAAAAUGAAAUUCCAAAGUUUACUUCAGAUUGUAUUAGCUUUCAACUCAAACACUAAGGCGUAGGCUUAGAUUGCGUCAGGGACCAGUAAGUUCACUAUUUGCAGUAAGGAGCAUAUCACGAUUGAUUCGUUGCUAAAGGUAUUUCAGAAUUAGAAAUAGAAUAGUCAUCCUUAAUUACAUAAGUUAGACAUUUUCCACCGUAACCACUGUCUGUUUCACGUGUGGAAUUGUAAAUAACUAGGCCUAUUGCUUUGGAACUCUAAACUCUCGUUCCGAUUUCUUUGUAUUGGCCUUAAGCUGAACAAUGAUAUUAGGUUAAGGAAUUGUGUAUAGUUUCAGAAAUUUACAUUUCUAUUGCUACUCAUUUACAUAUCGUUUAAAAGACGAGUCUGUACUUAUUUGGUUGUUUUCACUGAAUUUUGCACUUGUAAAUUAUAUUUAUGACAAGUCUGUAUACAUAAAGUAACAAAUAAUG